AUGGGGUUCAGUCUCCAUGCAAGCAACACAAAUGACCCGCCAGAGGUCCGCAAUUGGCGGAUCCACCUCAUGGCAGUCAUCGUCUCCAUGGGGGCGUUGGCCAUGGGCUAUGAUACCAGUGUGAUUGGCGGGACGCUGGCUCUCGACUCCUUCCGAAGAGACUUUGACCUUGUCGACAAGAGCAGCACUCAGACAGAUACACUACAAGGCAACAUCGUCAGCUGCUUCCAGGCGGGCGCUUUCUUCGGACCAUUCAUCACCUACCCCAUUGCGGACAGAAUCGGCAGAAAAAAUGCAAUUCUCAUUGCCAGCAUCAUAUUCCUGAUCGGAGGCACUUUGAUGACAGCGUCCAAUGGCAUACUUCCUUUGAUAUACGUUGGACGAGCCAUUGCCGGCUUCGGUAUCGGCUCCGCGUCCCUCAUGAUUCCAGUCUACAUCUCCGAAACCAGCCCACCAUCGAUUCGUGGCCGACUCGUGGGCAUCUUCGAGAUCCUUUCUCAAGGAGGGGGUAUGCUGGGUUUCUGGAUCAACUAUGCGGUCAAUCGAACAAUCUCGGUGGAGUUGAAAGCACAAUGGAUCACACCUUUGGGGUUACAGUUGCUCCCUGGUGCGUUGUUGAUGAUUGGAGUUCUUUGGUGCCCAGAAUCACCUCGCUACUACGUGAAGAAAGAUCAAUGGGAGAAAGCCAUCAAGACACUUUCCUGGAUCCGAAAACUCCCAGAAAACCACCCGUACAUUCUACAAGAAGUUGAGGACAUUCGAGCUCAGAACGCCAUCGCAAGACCACCGCCAGGCGUUAAGCACUCGAAGAGCUAUUACGCCAAGCGCCUGUUCCAAAAGGGUACUCGCAACAGGAUCGGCAUUGGACUUCUGCUCAUGGCCUUCCAGAACUUGACAGGAGUGAAUAUAAUAACUUACUACAGCCCUCGCAUCUUUGAGACGCUUGGUAUUAGCGGCACAGACACCAAACUCUUCGCUACAGGCUUCUACGGCCUCGCCAAAACCCUCGGCAUGAUCAUCUUCAGCGUCUGGCUUGUCGAACGACUCGGCCGUCGCCCGGGCCUCAUCUGGGGUGCUUUCGUAGGCUCCCUGCCGAUGUGGUACCUUGGCGGCUACGUCUUCAAAGCGGAUCCCACAGCCACCGCAGAAGCCGGCGUGACGAGUCGCAGUGGCGCGGGCUAUUUCGCUAUGGUGUGCGUGUACCUGUAUGGAUUGAUCUAUUGCGCGACGUGGCAGGGGAUCACGUGGGUUUAUUGCAGUGAGAUCUUCCCACUGGACAUCAGAAUGCUCUGCGUUGCGAUCACGACGGCGGACCAGUGGCUUUGGUCAUUCAUCAUCUCAAGAACGACGCCUUACAUGAUUACGUCGCUGGGAUACGGCACGUACUUCUUCUUUGCGAGUUUGAUGGUGGCGAUGGGUUUAUGGGCCUACUUUUUCGUGCCAGAGACAAAAGGCAAAACGCUCGAAGACAUGGAACCCAUCUUCGGCGCCCCCAACGCCCUGGACACCAGCAGCAAGCUUGGCGGCGACGAGGACCCAGAGGGCGCUUCUCACAUUGAAAAGAAGUUUGGCGAAAAGGUCACGUACAUUGAGAGUACGAGGGAGAGGUCCAGGACCAGGACACCAGAGCCGCAGCCUGUGACGAGGAUUUUGAGCGCCUAG